AUGGCGGUUGACCUGAUUCAAAUUGACAACUACGCCACCGGAACGUUAUUGGCCUCUCCUUCCUCGCCGAGCAAAACAGAUGAUGGAAGCUACGUCUACACACGAGGUUCCAUGCCAGAUGUGGCUCGUGACAUAAUUUCUAAGCGGCCAACAGAGCGCGACGCCUUCUUUAUUUGCGACCUGCGGGAAAUAGCCAGGAAGGUCGAACUCUGGAAGGAAUGCCUCCCAAGGGUCGUGCCUUUUUACGCUAUCAAAUCCUGUCGAGACCCCGUGGUGGCGAACGUCAUGAAUAACCUGGGCGUCUGCUUCGACUGCGCCAACGAGCCUGAAUUGAGAGCUGUCCUAAACAUGGGCGUUGCUGCAGAACGCAUAGUGCUUGCCAGCGCUGUCAAGUGCCCGUGGGACAUUGACUUCGCUCUCAAGCAUAACGUCGACAUCAUGACCUUUGAUUCAGUGGAAGAACUUUACAAGGUCAAGGACAAAAACGCGAGGUUGCUGCUGAGAAUCAAAUCUGACCAGACAGGAUCGUACCAUACGUUCAACAACAAGUUUGGUUGUUCAGUAUAUGAUGCCGAGAGAGUUCUUCAAGAAGCGCGGACGCUAGGAUGCAAUGUAGUCGGAAUGUCGUUUCACGUGGGCAGCGCCUACGAGGUCCCCGAGAUAUUUGCUCGCACAAUCGAAAGGGCGAAAGCUGUAUUCGAUUUGGCAGCAAGUAUGGGGAUUCACAUGACGGUACUUGACAUUGGCGGAGGUUUUCCCGGAGGUUUGAGAAAACGUGACAAGUUCUUCAAG